AAUCAGUAUUUCUAGGGUUUAAAGCUACUCAUCAAAACCCUCACAACGCAGAUAGUUCAUUAAUAUUUGUUAACAGAAAAAAUUGUAAGUUGGUAUCGCUACAAUGAAUGUCGACAUGGAUACGUCUCCAAGUUAUUUUGAUCCUCAAGACUUAAGCCUCAGAGAGCGUUUCCGGCGUUACGGAAAAAGGAAUUCGCCUUCACCGCACCAAGAGAAUUAUCAAUCGAAGUUCAGUAAUGCUGCUCUAUAUCUUGAAAAUAUCAAAAAAGAAGUUGACCAUUCUGAUGGUGAUCAAUCAGAAGGAAUAAACGCGAGAACUCAAUCUUCGUUCAAAAGGAGAUCACCCUCAGUAGAUAGUCGCGGAAUAGCUGAAAUGGCUAUUGCUAACGAUUCAGUUGGUCGAUCAAGAACGCAUUCCUUAAAAGCUUGCAAGCUUGAGGAAGAUGCAUCACCUGAUAGUGGAGAUGCAACAUUUCCUUUAUUCGCAUCUCUUUUUGAUGCUGCUCUUCAAGGGUUGAUGUCCAUCCCUGAUUUGAUAUUAAGACUUGAAGGAGCAUGCCGCAAUGUUUCUGAGUCAAUUAACAACAGCUGUACUGAGAGACACAGGAUUGUUGAGGACAAAUUGAUGAGGCAAAAGGCUAGGGUGCUACUUGAUGAGGCUGCUUCUUGGUCACUUUUGUGGUAUUUAUAUGGGAAAGGGAAUGAAGAGCUUCCUGAAAAUCUUAUCCUGUUGCCAACAACUUCACAUCUGGAGGCUUGCCAGUUUGUUGCAGCAGAUCAUAAAGCUCAAUUAUGCCUUAGACUUAUCCAAUGGCUUGAAGGAUUAGCCUCCAAGGCUCUUGAUUUGGAGAACAAGGUACGUGGCUCUCAUGUUGGCACACAUCUCCCCACCUCUGGAGUCUGGAAUCACACACAAAGAUUUCUAAAGAAAGGCUCCUCAAAUGACAAGAUUGUUCAUCACUUGGAUUUUGAUGCUCCAACACGCCAACAUGCUCAACCACUUUCUGAUGACAAAAAACAAGAUGAAUCUCUUUUGGAAGAUGUCUGGGCUCUAUUAAGAGCUGGAAGAUUGGAAGAGGCAUGCCAUCUUUGCAGGUCUGCAGGACAGUCAUGGAGAGCUGCAACCUUAUGUCCAUUUGGAGGUUUGGAUCAUUCUCCUUCCAUUGAAGCCCUCAUAAAAAAUGGAAAGAACAGAUCUCUUCAAGCUAUGGAAUUGGAAAGUGGUGUGAAUAAUCAGAGACGCCUCUGGAAAUGGGCUUCAUAUUGUGCAUCAGAGAAAAUCGCAGAGCAAGAGAGUGGGAAAUUUGAAACAGCAGUAUAUGCAGCCAAUUGCAGUAAUGUGAAACGCGUUUUACCGAUUUGUAACGAUUGGGAGGCUGCAUGCUGGGCGUUGACCAAGUCAUGGCUUGAUGUUCAAGUUGAUUUGGAGUUAUCUGGUGAAACUGAAAGAAGUGAAGAUAUUACUUCUGAAUCACUUCUUGGACCUGAAAAUUGGCCACUUCAAGUAUUGAAUCAACAACCACGUGACCUUUCUGCCCUUCUUCAAAAGCUUCAUUCAAGUGAGUCUGUGCAUGAAGCUGUAAUUCGAGGGUGUAAGGAGCAACAUCGCCAGAUUGAAAUGAGUUUAAUGUUGGGGGAUAUUCCUCGUUUACUUGACCUUAUAUGGUCAUGGAUAUCCCCAUCAGGAGGCGAUGAAGAUAUCUUCAGGCCUCAUGGGGACCCUCAAAUGAUCCGUUUUGGGGCACAUUUAGUUCUUGUGCUUCGGCAUUUACUUGCUGAUGAAAUGAAGGAUGCUUUUAAGGAGAAGACAAUGACUCUUGGUGAUCUUAUUCUUCACAUGUACGCAAUGUUUCUUUUCUCAAAGCAACAUGAAGAGUUGGUUGGAAUCUAUGCAUCUCAGCUUGCACGCCAUCGUUGCAUUGACCUUUUUGUCCAUAUGAUGGAGUUACGCUUGAAUGGCAGUGUUCACGUGAGAUACAAAAUCUUUCUUUCUGCUAUAGAAUACCUCCCGUUUUCCCCUGGAGAUGAUUCAAAUGCCAGUUUUGAAAAAGGAAGCUUUGAAGAAAUUAUUGAAAGAGUUUUAUCAAGAUCACGAGAAGUAAAAGUUGGAAAAUAUGACAUGUCAUCUGACGUGGCAGAGCAAUUUCGGUUACAUAGUCUUGAAAAAGCCAUGGUCAUUCAAUGGCUUUGUUUUACUCCACCUUCCACCAUUAACAAUGCUAUAGCUGUUGGCAUUAAGCUUCUCAUUAGAGCAUUAAUCCACAGCAAUGUGCUAUUCCGGGAAUUUUCUUUAAUUUCUAUGUGGAGAGUUCCAUCAAUGCCUAUUGGUGCUCAUAAGUUGCUUAGUAUACUUGCUGAGCCUUUAAAACAUUCAUCAGAAGCUUUGUUUUCAACAGAGGACAAUGAUGUUUCUGAUAGUAUGCGAGAGUUUGAAGACUGGAACGAGUACUACUCCUGUGAUGCAACAUAUCGCAACUGGCUACAAAUUGAAUUAGAAAAUGCCGGAAUUGACCCUCAAGACAUUUCAAACGAAGAGAAACACAGAGCAAAUGUUGUAGCUAUGGAAACAUUAUCUUCAUCCAUGGCUUUGCUGCUAAGAAAAGAAAACCCAUGGUUGGUUCCUACUGAGGAUGAAAUUUAUGAAUUUAUGGAGCCCACAAACCUUCAACUGCAAGCUACAGCUAUGCUUUGUUUGCCUUCUGGUGAAUGUAUGCCUCCAGAUGCCUCAUUGUGUACAGCUCUCACAAGUGCUCUUUAUUCUUCAGUAUCUGAACAAGUUGUAUCACAUCGCCACUUGCUCGUGAAUGUAGCGAUUUCUACAAAAGAUAGGUACUCUAUUGAGGUUUCACUGCAGUGUACAGCAACAGAGAGUGAUGGAUUUGGGUCGAAUAAAGUUGCUGAUGGUGGCCUUCUUGCUGCUAUUGUUGCAGCUGGCAUUAAAGGUGAGCUGGCGAGAUUUCAAGCAGGGGUAACAAUGGAAAUAAUGAAAAUAGAUGCAUGGUAUUCUGGUAGUGAUGGAUCUGUAGGAAAUCCAGCAACAUAUAUCUUGAGGGGUUUAUGUCGCAGGUGUUGUAUUCCAGAAGUUAUUCUUCGAUGCAUGCAGGUUUCUGUUUCUGUUAUGGAGUCUGGUAAUGAUACGCAUGAAAUCCAUGAUGAAUUGAUUGAAUUGGUUGCGGCUCCUGAAACUGGCCUCAUUCAUUUGUUUAGUCAGAACCAAUUACAGGAAUUUUUGUUGUUUGAGAGGGAAUACUGCUUAUGGAAGUUGGAGCUAAAUGAGGAAGCAGCUGCUUGAGUUUAUUUUUGUAUUUUUACUUGUGUAUUAUUUCAUAAUGGUGGAUAUUGUUUUUCAAUACAUUUAUUUUUAUCAAAAUGGAAUUAGUUUGAAUG